GGAAUUCUGUGGCUGUAACCUAGCAACAAAUCACAACACAACAGUUUUUUUUUACUAUAUUUAAAAAUAGUCUAGGAAAAUAGUAGAAUUUUACACCAGUGCUAAGUUAAAAAAUGACCCUUCAAUUUGAGUUGGAAAAAGAGUGACGUGAUAAUAAUAUCAUUGACAUAAAUAUAGGCGUAUAACGAGUUUUAAGUUGUAUAAUUUCAUUGUCAGGAUUCAUAUUUUACUCGGCAUUCCUGAUGUCGUACAGAGACCUCAGAAACUUCACCGAGAUGAUGCGGGCGCUGGGCUACACCAGGAUCGUCUCCAUGGAGAACUUCCGCUCGCCCAACUUCCCGCUGGUGGCGGAGACGCUGGCGUGGCUGGCGGAGCGCUUCGACCCGGACGCUGACGUGCCCACGGACACCAGCACGGAGCAGGCCCGCGUCGCGCUGGUUCGCUCCAUCGCGCAGCUCAUGGCAUCCAAGGCACACAUCAGGCUGAACACCAAGCGGCUGUACCAAGCGGACGGCUACGCAGUGAAGGAGUUGCUGAAGGUUGCGACGGUGCUGUACGACGCCCUUCGCGUCAACUUGGCGGAGAUGGCCGAUGACGUCACCCUGCCGUCGCAGGUCGAUCUCAUGCCCAAGGCCGGCGACCUGAGGCAGGCUCGGCAGCUGGCGUCGCAGAUCACCGAGAAGGGAGCCACCCUCCACGAGCUGCUGAGCCGGGAAGCGGACAUGAGGGAGGCGCGCGGUAGCUGCGCGGACCGGCCGCUGGAGAUGGAGGAGGUGGAGCGCGGCCUGCGAGAGGCACUGGACACGGCCGGCGAGGACAUCGCCAGCACCAGGCGGCUCCUGGGAGGGGUGUCGGCCAACGAGCAGAGCCUCGACGGCAAGAUCGAGAAGAAGAGGGCGGAGCUGGAGCGCAACAGGAACCGGCUGCUCACGCUCAAGAAAGUCAGGCCUGCCUUCCUGGAGGAGUUUGAGCGGCUGGAGGCAGAGCUGCAGCAGCUCUACGGGGAGUACCUGGUUCGGUUCCGGUGCCUGUCGUACCUCCAGCUGCAGCAGGACGAGACGGAGGCGGCGGAGCAGCGACGCGUCGCCGAGCGACAGGAGACGACCAGGCAGUUCCUGGAGCAGCUGCGUCAGGAGGACCGGCCGGCCGAGGGCGCCGGAGUCCCGCCGGGGGCCGACCCCAGGGACGAGGCGGACCAGGGCGACAAGGCGGGGGCCGCCGGCAAGGCCAGCCGCGUGCGCAUCAAGACGGCGUCUGGCGUGAUGCGCAGGGCCUCGGCCGGCCAGGCCCAGCGCCGGGUGUUCGGGAGCAUGGCGCCGCCAGAGGACGAGGACAGCGGCAGCCUCGACUCGGACUCGGACCUGCUGCUGGACGACGACGGCUCGGAGCUGCUGGGCUCGGAGGAGGAGGACGAGCUGGAGCCGGGGCCGGCCGGCGACCAGCGCGCCAGCCGCAGCGGCCUGGCGCUCAGCGACGACGACUUCUAGGGCUCCGUCCCGCACCCCGCACCGCGCUCUUAGUGGGCGACGACUUCUAGAGCUCAGUCCCGCACCCCGCACCCCGUGUUGUUUGAAAAAUGUAUCAAUGCCGUAAUGUAAUAAAUUAGUUUUCAA